AUGAAUAUGUACAAUGAAAUGAACGAAGGGAAUAGCGACUACGAUCGAGCAGUAACUAUGCACAGCCUUGAUCCAUUUAGUAGUCCCACUUACCAAUCAAACAGCACUAGUGCGGAUGGCUUUCUCGAUAACACGGAGACUAGCCAUAUGAAGGGCAAAAAUUUUUGCAAACGAGUUGGAAAAAACGUAAACGUGAAUGGUAUAAACCUUGGCAAAGGUAACAUCAACAGUGGGGGAGGGAGCGUCGUAGGGAGCGUCGUAGGGAGCGGCGUAGGAAGCGGCGCAGGUGGCCACAAUAACUUUGGUGCUAAUAAGAACGCAAAGGGGUUUAGAAAUCGAUUCACUCAUUUUAGCAAAAAUUCCAUGAAGCAUGGCGUGGGUAAGCAAAACCUUGGGUGGGACGAUAGGGGCAAUGUCGGCACGGUUGGUGGAGACGAUCGAGAAGGAGAGAAGGACAUCGACAACAACGAGGGCGAGCAGCAAGGGUUCUCCCUCUACGGCCGCAAGAACCAGCUUACGCAGCACAAUCAGCAAAAUAUGCAAAGCCAGUAUGGCCCACGGAGUGAGCUUUACCACCCAAAUGAUGAUGUAGAAAGUGCAGAGAGGAGGAACAUGGCUGCUCCAAAUGAAGGCAUCUAUGGCGAUACGUACGGAGGUACACAUGGGGACGCGUUGGGAGAAGGAUUCUAUGACGAUGCUCAGAAAAGAAGUAACCAAGGGGUAAGUAAAGCCCAUUUCAGAAAUGUAUAUGAAAAUAGGAAAUUAAAAAACAACAAAUUGUGUACUAACGUAGACAUCGAUGGUGAGGACAAUGACGUGGUGAAUCAUUUGGGGGGUAGUAGGGACCUCGAUGAGGGGGAUCCCUUCAGGGAGAGUAACAGUCUACCGCUGAGCAUACCCAACGAUGCGGAAGUGAAAAAUGUGAGCAACCAAAACAUGGCAACAGAUAAGGUACACCCAAGUAGCAACAUACACAUGAACAGAAACGACAAAAAUAACAAUGCCACCAUGAACUAUGCUAAUGUCGGGAAAAAAAGAAAAAAUGUGAAAUUUGAAAGCAACACGUUUCAAAAGCAUAAGCAGAAAAAAAAUUAUUAUAAGUCCUUUAACGAUUCUUUAAAGAGGUAUAGCAAUAACUCCCUAAAAAUUGUCAACACGGGUAUAAAAAAGGGGAACAGUUCUUCUUUUUAUGGCAAUCGGGAGGAUGAAAAGACGCUCCUGGAUAUGAACUUAGGGGUGAAUACACUCGGUGGUCAGGUGCAGGCCCAUGGGAAUGAUAGCGCUGCAGUGGAGGCCUCAAACAAAAGCAACAGUGCACCAAGUGGUGCCUCACCAAAUAGUGGAGCACCAAAUGGUGGCUCACCAAAUAGUGGCGCACCUAUUAGUGGCGCACCAAAUAGCGCUGCAGCCAGCGCGGGACUAAACGCACCUGCUAACGCAGACGCGAGCACCCCCGCCGCGGGAACCAAGACGGCCGGCCGAAACAACCACCUCAGUAACUUCUACCCCAGCAUGAAGAAAAAAUCAUUUAACAACAUGACCUUCUCGCUUAACAAGUAUCUCAACUCUUAUGUCAACUUUGACCGAAUUAAAAACAAAAAAACGAACAAUGAAAAGGUGAUAAACAAAGGAAGCUGCGCGGGUGCAGUGGCGAUGGGAGGUAGGAAUGACACGGACGUGUGUGAUAGUACUUUGGUGAACCAGGGACAGAACUUCGCUGAUCGGAAAGCCGCAAACCAAAAUGGAGAUGAAUCCUUUGGCAGUUACAGAGGCGGGUCUAGCGAAUUCACCCAGGUGGGAAACCCCGGCGGAGGGAACCUAUCCGAAUUGAAUAGCCUCGCUAAGAACCUCAAUUUGGAACUACUAAAAAAUUUGAGAGACACUCUUCAAAAUGAAGUGAGCGGAAGUGGAGGCAGUAAGGAUAGCUCCAAGGUGAGGAGCAGCGGUCCCAGUUACAUCGAGUGCCUUAGUGAGGUGUCCGAAAUUAGUGAUGACGAUGGGGGAGAUGAAAGUGAUAAGGAGAAGGAUAACAGUACCGAGUUGGGAAGAGAUAAAAACGCCUUCCCCAAGUGGACUAACAACAUGACUGAAAUGGAAGAGGCAGCAGGGAUGGGUGGAGCCAAUGGGACCUCUGCUUCACCCGCUGCUAACGGGGGGGUGGCACUUGGGUAUGGCUCAAACCAGGGCCCUUAUGGCAAGUCGGACCUAAUGCAGAGUCUGUACAGUCUGUACAACAAUGGCAGAGUAGGGGAUGCAAAACCCAGUGUGUAUGGUGCGCUCACUGCGGGUGGAUCUGCGAAAGGGGAAGGCAUCAACACCUUUGCGCACACGGGAGAGAUAAGCAGUAAUGAUAAUGCAUAUGAGAGGGGUAUGAACUAUACCUACGGAAUUGAAACUGGUCAGUCCCAUUUUAAUGUAAACACUGAUGACGGUAACUCCAACUCGUUUGAUGGAAAUAGGAAAAACCUCGAUGCGCAGAAGGGGGUGGUGUAUAGAGAGUAUCUUCGCACAGGUGGGGCUGCUACCCCCUUUGGUGAGUCGAAUGCAAAUCCGAAUGUGAAGGAAGAAAUUAGUGCUGACAAAUCAGGUGGAAAGCCAUUCCAAGAUGGAGCUGAAUCAAGCAACAAUUAUCACCCCUAUGGGGAUAACCAUUUUGUCGAAGAAACGGAUGGUAGAGCAGGCAAAAAAGGGGACCCGUUUGGAAGCACAAAUAAUAUCGACAUGAACGAAUUGGGAGAAGAAAACGAAGAGGAGGAUGACGAAACGGAACCUUUUGCACAAAUGAGAAAUGAAGAUUUGUUUAUUAAUUCAUAUAUGCCAUACCCUCCAGAAAAAUACAGUAGUAUGUACGAACUACACGAAAUAAAAAUAUUAUCCCCUCAUAUAUUGAAGACCAAAUUUCACAAGGAGGGAAAAAAUAGUUAUCAUUCUUCCCUAAAGGAUGGCAAGCUAAUUCUGCUACUCGAUCUAGAUAACACAUUACUACAGGCAACAUCCUUUGCAAAAUUUAACAUGGAAUUACCUUUGGAAAAUUUUAUUGAUGAAAAUGGAGAACCCGAAUUAUAUAAAUUCUUUUUACCCUAUUAUAACUUUUUUUAUUAUUUAAAAUUUAGACCCUAUGUACGUCAAUUUUUGCAAAUUCUAUCUCUAUACUACGAACUGUCUAUUUAUACCAAUGCGACUAGAGAAUAUGCAGAUGUAGUUAUUGCUAUUUUGGAUCCCGAUAGAACCCUUUUUGCUGAUCGAAUUGUUGCUAGAUGUAGUUCUGCUGAUAGGGAAGAAAAUAAAAACUUUUCUAAAAUUUAUCCUAAUGUAGACUCCAAGUAUAUUAUCGCUUUUGAUGAUCGAAAGGACGUUUGGACAGACAUUCCACAUUCACAUAUUUUAAAAGCAGAACAUUAUAAUUUUUUUGAAUUAAGUAAAUAUGAUAUAAUUUCUCAUUUUAAAGAACCCACUACAUGUAAGAAAAGAUUCGUUGAUAUGGAUAUGCAUCUCCAUUUUAUGACAAAAGUUCUUCUCAAAUUACACAAACAUUUUUUUGAAAGACCACUUGAGGUAGAUGUAGGAACACUCAUAGAAAAUAUUAUGUUAAGUACAUUAAGUAAUGUUGGGGUUUAUUUUACAGGAUUUAGAAAAAACUCUAAAAAUUCUCAACAUGUACUUUCAUCAGACUGUGAAGAUAGGCAGAAAGAGAUAGCCUUAGAGUUGGGAGCGAAAAUUUAUACAAAUUAUGACAUGCCUGGAGUUACACACAUCAUUGCUGCGAAAAAUUGCACUGAUAAUUUAAUCAAAUCGAAGAAAGCCAAUUAUAAUCAUAUACAGAAGGUGCAUACUUUAUGGCUUUACCAUUGUAGGGGUACUUUGCAGAGUGGAGAUUCUACCUACUUUGAUGCAGAUGAGUUAUGCAAAAUUUACAAUAAUAAACCGCCACUGCACCCCAAAAAGGAUCACUGGUUUUUUGGCAAUAAGGAUGAAAUGAGAAAGCAAGAUGAUACGAGUGAAUGCAUAAAAAUUGAAAAUCCUAAAUCCAGAAUUUUUUUGGGUACAGGUGAAUAUACGAAUGACGCAGUUAUUUGCUCGCCACUUGAACAGAUCAACAUUAAGUGGAUUGAGAAGGAAGUCAAAUUAAGGCAAAUUUAUGACACCCCCGGUGCUGCUACUUCUUCUUCCCCUGUUGGGACUGGAGGCGACGGACAGCAGCGCGACAAGGGUGCAAUGCGCGAGAGGACCCCCCACAGUGACAUGAGCCCCCUUGGUGAACACAUGGACGAGGAUGACAAUUUUGCCUAUGAGAACAGCAACGUGGAGGAGGAGGAGGGGGAGGAAGCGGAGGGCGAGGGCUAG